AUGAAUGACUCCACAGUGAACUUCACUUUACCUGAAGUCUCUGGAGAGAACAGCCUGGACCUUUAUCUGUACGGCAUUAAUUUUCUGUUCGGUUUUCCAACACACUCCUAUGUUGUAUGGCUCAUUAUUACAGGAACACAAAGUGGAGUUGCAUCAGAGUUCUUCAAUCUCAACCUGUCUGUUUGUGAGAUUGGUGUCUGUCUGAGUUGUUUUCUGUUUAUACUUGGUGGUUGCUUUGCGUUUUCACAUCUGGGAACAUUAACGUGGUUUUUAUUAGGACUAAUCGUCACCGGUCGUCCUCUGUUUCAGUGCCUGAUGUGUGUUGAGCGUUACCUGGCAGUUGUUCAUCCUGUAACCUUUCUGAAGUGCAAACCUCUCAGAUAUAGAGUGAUCUGCUGUGUUAUCGUCUGGAUUAUUAUUCUUAGCUCUUGUUUGUGUAGUAUGCUUGGCGUAAUCUUACGUUUUAAUUUUGUAUAUACAUGGUUCUUAUUCCCUCAGUUCGUCCUCUUCCUCUCCAUCCAGUUGUUUUGUCUUGUGGCUGUUCUCAGAGCUCUGAAGCAGUCAGGUCCAGGAGAGAGAGCGAGAGAGAAAGAGGAAAACCACAUGAAGAGAAGAGCGUUUCAUCUUAUUCUAAUAACUUCUCUGACAAUGUGUGUUAUAUAUUUUCCGUUCAUAAUCUUUGGGCUCACUGUUAUUCUUUUACAACAAUUUAUGGGGGGAUUUUUUUCUUUUGGCUUUACAUGUUAUAUGCUUGGUGGUUUUGUUCAGCCUGUUCUUUACAUGCACAGAGCUGGAAAACUCUUCUGUCUUUGCUGUCCAUAA